AUGACUCUGCACAAUGCGGCCUCAGACAUUUCACUGGAGGAUUUCUUGACGAGUGGACAGAGGUUCCAUUGGGUCCAAGGAGACGGCCAUCAAGGUCCCGCCGUUCAGAUGGACUACCAACCAAUUUCUGAAGACAUUGGAAUUCGUUUUGGCACCUUGGUGGAAUGGACCGCCAAAUCACAUAUCGUGAUAGUUCCACUCAUUACCGAUGACGGCAGGCAGGAUCGUGUGGCCGCAAAGAUAAUGCGGACUCCUUCAAAUAUCCUGAAGUUGAGAAACGAGUUGGAGAUACUCCGAGGUUUGCGACACAAACACAUCAUAGCCGUUCUGGGAAGCUUCUCGAGAUCUGGGAGGAAGAACCGACUUGAGUACGGGGUUCUGGUGUUUCCUCUGGCUACUCAAGAUCUCGGUGAUUUUCUAGAAAGGAUCUCGAAACACAACAAAGACUUUGAGGAAGCCCGUUCGGCUUGGAUUGCACACGAGGACACUCCAAAACUCCUUCCGUUCUUUGCUUGUCUCUGCGAAGCCGUGCUGUACCUCCAUGAAAAGUGCGUCAAACACCGAGACAUCAAGCCUGAGAACAUCCUCAUCGAUAGAGCUCACAACGCCAUCUUGGCGGAUUUCGACAUCUCGAGGGCCUACAAUGAUGUGAAGGAAGCAAUAACAUAUAGCAGCCUGGACGGAACUAUCAUGUACUCCUCUAAACAUGUCUGGAAAGGCCCAGAUAAUGCAAAUCCGAAAGAUAGAGAACGAGGGCUGGAAUGGGACAUCAUCAGUCUCGGCUUUGUCUUCCUCGAGAUGGCGACCGUUAUUUUUGGCAAGGAUCUGCGAAAGAUGAGGGAGAACAUGCAUUACCGCCACAACCAUGAGACCAUGGUGAUCUACUCAGAGGCACUGCGCGACGGCAAGAUCCAAGAGUGGGUCGAAGUUCUCCGAGCGACAGCAACAGGUUCCCCAGAAAAGCUCCCGGAUCAGUUGAGAGAAGUCAUCAAAUCCGUUCCUGACUAUGUCAACCAAUUCUUAGGAGCAAUCAUGGACAUGAUGUCGGCUGAACAAGACAACCAUCAUCCAUUGAGAGAUGCCUACAGAGUCUUCGGGUGUCUUUCGAACCAUUGUCCCUGUCCCCAGCCCGGGUGAGUGACCCAAGCCAGCAUGUUUGACGUGCCAGUGAUCGCUGACGCCUGAUAGAGACACUGAAUUUGUGCUGAGCUCUCUUUCUCUAAACAACACCUGAAUAUAUCUUCAUGUCCAUGUUCUGUUUAUAGUCUGCUCACUGCAAGAGCAAUUGGCUGCUUGUUACCUUUUUUCUCUUCUUUUUCUGACCAGCGUGCAAAGAUGAACAGGUCGUGCGGGCUGAAGAGUAUUGAGCAUAAACUAGAAUUUCAUCCAACUUUCUUCUUGAAUCUUGAACAUCUCCGGCGGUUCCAGAUCGUAAAAGUCGUGAACGAAGUCAACAUGGUCAAAAAAUGCCGGUUCAUCGAGUAUUUCAGGACCGAGGCCCUCCU